CCACUUUCGAAAAAACCAUUUUUGCUCGUGCCGAACCGUUCCCGGUUGGAUUUUUUCUUUCACCACGAAAAACACACGAUUCCUUAACCGCACCGCGUACCUUCCGGAAAUGUCCUAAUUUUUUCACGCCGAAAAAAUCACUGUGAUUCCGAACCGCGUCGCGCACUUUUCAAUUGAACUGGCCACACUGAGCUGGGCCCAUAACCUGUUGAACUAGAAGAGAAACAAAGCGGAAAAAGCGAGUGGACUGUUGCACCCAAAGGAAAAGACGUGUAGACGCUUGUACGCUUGAUGCAGGAAUGAAUCUUUAUUCAAAGUUAAAGUGUGUGUGUGUGUUGUACAAAGUGUAGCCCGACUGGCACUCAUUCCGUGUUGCCUGAUAGGCACUCGUCGCGUCAAACCGAGAAGCUCAACACAUUCCGCCCCAAAAAUAGGUAAAAUAUCGUGCAACGACGCUUGCCACCCAUUGCUCAGACAUCGGUCGUUCAUAAAUCAUUGACGGCCGGGAUGCGAAGUGUGAAUAAAAGAUGGGUCGGAGGAAAUGCGUUUAGUGGAAACAUUUCUAAUAUAGCUCAUCUCUUCUCUUGAGACGGUUAUGAUGAUCGUCGUAUGGUGGAAACAAGAAGCGUGACAAGUAUAAACAACGCUUUUCGUUGUGCCGCAGAAUUAGUGGUACUAUAGUGUAUACAAGUAUUACAAAAUCGACCUUCAAAGAGUGAACAGUACAAUCAGUUUGAACAUUAAGAUUCAUAAUUUUGAGUAAAAAGAGAGGCCUAUUUGAUGGCGCUACGGAAGAUGCCGAGCUUGCAUUCCAGUAUGCCGUAGAAGCUGUCAACAACGAGAAGCUAUCGUACUCAAACUAUCAGUUGGAGGGACAAGCAGUGCAAGUUAAGUACGGUGAUCCAUUCGACGCAUCCAAGAAGCUAUGCCGUCUUCUGAAGACAGGCGUGGCAGGCAUCUUUGGCCCCUCCUCUCCAAAAUCGGCAGUGCACGUGCAGAGUGUUUGCGAUGAGAAGGAAAUGCCCCACAUCGAGACCCGAUGGGACGCAUACACCAAGCUACCGACGCUCAACCUGCACCCGCAUCCCCACAUAAUGGGUCGUGUAUUUUUGGACCUAAUAGUCGCGUUCGAAUGGAAAGACUUUACCAUUCUCUACGAAUCCGGUCCUUGGCUGCCCAGUAUUGCCGAUCUGCUCAAAAUGUACGAUCCCAAGGGAUACACAGUAACAGUGCGGCAGCUUGAUCUACGGCUCAACGGAAACUAUCGGGCCGUGCUGCGGAGAGUUAAGCUGUCCGAGGAUAAGCGCAUCAUUCUGGCGUGUUCGAUCGACUCCAUGCCGGAAGUGCUGAAACAGGCACAGCAGGUGGGUUUGCUGACCGAUCACCAUCAGAUCAUCAUAACUUCGCUCGAUCUGCACACGAUCGAUCUCGAGCCGUACCAGUACAGUGGUACCAACAUAACCGGCGUUCGGCUGAUCGAUCCCGAAGAGGACAAAAUCAAGCAGGUGGCCGAGUUCCUGAAUGCAUCGCAGAUCGCUAAAACUCUCGAACUGCACGACGGUCUAAACCCGGCGAAAAUGCGCGUAGAGACGGCGCUCAUGUACGAUGCGGUGCUGCUGUUUGCCGAAGCGCUCAAGCAUCUGAUCGGUAGCGAUCCUCCGCGACUGCUGGAACCUAUGUCGCUCAAGUGUGAUGAUCCUACAACCUGGAAGAAUGGGUACAGCGUCAUCAACUACAUGAAGAGCUCGACUAUCCACGGACUGACGCGAAGCAUCAAGUUCGAUCAUCAGGGCCAUCGGUCCGACUUUCUGCUGGACAUUAUUGAGCUUGGACCGGCUGGUUUAGAGAAAGUGGGAGUGUGGAACUCGACCGAGGGGCUCAACUUUACGCGCAAGAAAGAGCAAACUAUGCAAGCGCUUGACGACGGAACGCUUCAGAAUCGUACCUUCAUCGUGCUGACUGCUAUUUCACCACCGUACGGUAUGCUAAAGGAUUCGCCCAUUAAACUCUCCGGCAACGAGCGGUUUGAAGGCUUCGGUGUUGAUCUCAUUCACGAGCUUUCGCUUAUGCUCGGUUUUAACUACACCUUCAUACUGCAGGAGGAUGGCGUGUACGGUUCGCUCAAUCGUGAUACGAAAAAGUGGAAUGGCAUGGUCCAGGAACUGCUCGAAUGGCGUGCCGAUCUUGCCAUCACCGAUCUUACGAUCACAUCCGAUCGCGAGAGUGCCGUCGACUUCACCAUGCCCUUCAUGAACCUGGGCAUCUCGAUCCUUUUCCGUAAACCGACCAAAGAACCACCGUCCCUGUUCUCCUUCAUGUCACCGUUUUCGAAGCAGGUGUGGAUGUACCUUGGCGGUGCUUACAUGAUGGUGUCGAUGUCACUGUUCGUGCUCGGACGCAUCUCACCGAAAGAAUGGGACAAUCCGUACCCAUGCAUCGAAGAACCGGAAGAGCUAGAGAACCAAUUCAGUUUCAGUAACUCAAUGUGGUUCACGAUCGGUGCUUUGUUGCAGCAAGGUUCCGAAAUCGCUCCUAAGGCUCCAGCUACACGUGCCGUUGCCUCGAUCUGGUGGUUCUUUACACUCAUCAUGGUUUCGUCGUACACCGCCAAUCUGGCCGCUUUCCUGACUGUCGAGCAGGUUGUAUCUCCCAUCAACAAUGCAGAGGAUCUGGCAGCGGCUGGCGGUACUGUUAAGUACGGUGCUAAGCGUGAUGGCAGUACGAUCAGUUUCUUCAAGGACGCUGAGUAUGGGACGUACGCCAAGAUGUACCAGUACAUGAUGGCCAACCAGGAUCUGCUUACCUCAUCCAAUCCGGAAGGCUUGCAGCGUGUCAAAACGGAAAACUACGCCUUUCUGAUGGAGUCAACCUCGAUCGAGUACAUCGUGGAGCGGGAGUGUGACGUUACGCAGAUCGGCGGUUUGCUCGAUGAUAAGGGUUACGGGAUCGCGAUGCGUAAGAAUUCUCCCUACCGCAGUGCGCUCAGUGAAGCUGUACUGAGACUGCAGGAGCAAGGUGUGCUGACCUCGCUGAAGCGCAAAUGGUGGAAGGAAAAGCGUGGUGGUGGUGCCUGUUCGAACACAAUGGAGGAGGGUGGUGCACUUGCACUGGAGCUGGCCAAUGUUGGUGGUGUUUUUGUCCUGUUGAUCGUCGGCUGUGUCGCGGCGCUGUUUGUCAGCUUCUGCGAGAUGCUUUGUGACGUUCACCGUCGUACACGCGAAUUGAAGCAAAGCACUAGUGAAGACGGUGCCGAGGAGCUUGGCAUGGACAAUGUGGGUGGCGUAUUUUUCGUCCUCUUUGUCGGUUGCUCCUUUGCCAGCUUGUUUGGCUGCUGUGAGCUAUUCUUCGUGAUUGCACACCGAGCUAGGCGGCACAAGGUACCAUUCCGUGAGGAACUAAUGGCCGAGCUGCGUUUUGUUGCCAAGUGUCACGGAAACACUAAACCGGUCAGACAUCGCAAGAGCUCAUCCGCAUCGGCUGAGAAUUCACUCGAAUCGGCCAUGGAAUCGGCUGCACAGUCGGCCGCAUCGAGCAAACAGGACAUAUCGGGAAGUCCGGUCGGUGGUGUGGCCGACGGACGCGACACGGAAUCGGCGAACUGUCAGCGAAAGCAGAAUGGUGGAAAAUCGGCCCUCAAUGGUAGUUCCCGGAAGGUGAAAUCCGACGAUUGAGCUUGAUCCGUAUAAGAUAUGUUUGAAAAAAGUGUGUUAAAUCAAAAGUAUUUUGUUGUUACACGAUGGUUUCAAAUAAACGCGUUAUAAGAGACUCGUGUCCCCAAAGCUCAA